AUGGCAGCUUUAUCUUUGUACAAAUAUGGCAGCCUGGUCGUGCUCGUUGUGCAGAGCAGUGCGAUGGUGCUGGUUCUUCGAUAUUCGAGAACGAUGCAGACUGAAGGCCCCAGGUACCUUUCUUCCACCGCCAUCGUCGCUGCUGAAGUAGUCAAAAUCUGCAGCUGCUUCUUAGUAAUUUUCUUUUUACAGACGAUAACAAGAUUUUCUUCCUCUCUCCCUUACUCUUCAUUGUACGCCGAAAUUUUUGCUGAAUAUCGUGAUUCAAUUAAAGUCGCUGUCCCUGCCGUACUCUAUUUGGUGCAGAACAAUCUGUUAUUUUUGGCACUAUCAAUGUUGGAUGCGGCUACCUAUCAGGUUACCUAUCAACUUAAAAUUCUAACGACCGCCGUAUUUUCGGUUGUAGUACUCCACAAAAAGUUGGACCGCAUUAAGUGGUAUUCUUUGCUGUUGCUGAUGCUUGGAGUUGCUAUUGUGCAGUAUGCAAGUGACUUCUGCAGUGGGUUUUCAGGCGUUUACCUAGAAAAGAUCCUUAAAAACGCCCAGACGUCUUCGUCCUUAUGGAGCAGAAAUUUGCAGUUAGCACUGUUUAGUGUUCUGCCUGGUUUGAUUACCGUCUACGGCAAAGAUGCAUCUACUGUCUACCAGUAUGGCUUCUUUCAUGGCUAUAACUUUGUUAUUUGGAUCGUGGUACUGUUACAGGCAUACGGCGGUUUACUAAUCGCGUUGGUGGUUACAUACGCCGACAACAUAUUGAAAGGUUUUGCGACCUCAAUAUCGAUAAUUUUGUCCUCCGUAUUAUCAUACAUGCUGUUGGGCGAUUUCUCUCCAUCAUGGUAA